GAUUUCGCGUGUCAUCGAUUCCCUCCUCCUUCCCCACGACCAUAACGGACUUGCAACGAAAAGUGCACAAUCCAAGAUUAAUCACGCUAUCUUGAGGCCAAAGACGAACUGGUAGGCUCUAAUCUAAGUUGAGCAAAAGCCAGCUUUUGAGCCAAACGAACAGCAUCAACGUUGGCAACUGUGUUGCAACCAAAAUAACGCGCGUUCUCCCGCGAAGCCGCGUGAUAUGCCCAAUUAGAAUCGUUGGGCCUGCUCUCUCAAUUGCGUACCUGUUAGCGCACGGAAAAAAUCUUUUCGCUUGGAUCACUGCUCAUAGUAGUAAAUAUUAAAAAUGCCACGAAAUAAGAAGAAAAACAAAAAUUCAGCUGAUACGUGGCAGCAAAAUGGUCAAUCCGACGAUGAAACUUCGAACGAUAAUGCGAGCACAUACUCAUGCCACUCGGAAACGCAAAACGACGCCAACAGCGGUAGCCAGGAACCGGGCGAGGCGGUUGAAGUGAGUGGAUUCGAAAAGCACGAGGAAAAGCUGCUACAGGCGAUCGAGAAUGCAACGGACAAAUCACAGCAGGUGCGCAUCAAUGCGCUGCAGCUCAUAAACGAAACCCUAGUACACCAUUACAUACCCGAGUUUAUCGACGAUCGCAAAGUGACGUUGAUGGACAUCGUAGAAAAGUCGCUGAGGCGAGGGAAGGGUACCGAGCAGGCGUGGGCUGCGAAAUUGAUACCGCUACUGAUUAUCCAAAUCGAAACGGAAACUGACAUCAACGAGUUCGUGAGCGUGCUGAAACCCGUGCUGCUGAGCACUUUGCUGGACGGAGCUGCGGCAAGUGAGGUUCGAGCCAAGUGUUGCUCCGCGCUCGGCCUGGUAUCAUUCGUCAGUGCGGACGGGCUGGGGGAUAUUCUGCCGAUCAUGAAGGUACUACAAGGCAUCUACUCUGGAGGCUUUCUAAAGGGAGACGACAGUGCUGCUGGAACCAGCGCCGAAGCUGGCGCUCUGCACAGUGCCGCACUAAGUGCGUGGGCACUACUGCUCACUUUACUUGGCCCGGCAGAUCUGGUUGCAAUGGUGCAGGAUAAGACGAACCUGGCCAUACCAUCCGUCACCCAUCUGUUGGGCAUGCUGCAGAGUGCCCAUCUCGACGUUCGCAUGGCAGCUGGUGAAACAUUAGCUCUGCUGUUGGAACUCGGCCGACACCAUGACGACGAGUUCCUGGAAGAUUUGCUGCCGGAGCUGAUCGAGGCAACGCAAAAGCUAGCGACCGAUUCGCACAAGUACCGCGCGAAACGAGAUCGCAAAAUGCAACGCGCCACGUUUCGCGACGUAUUGCAUUAUCUGGAGGAGGACAUUUCGCCCGAAAUCGUUAUCAAAUUCGGCCGCGAGAUGCUAACGCUCGACACCUGGGCCGUUCACCAUCAGUACACGUGUUUGCGGAACGUUCUUGGGUUCGGCAUCAAUGUCCAUCUGAGUGACAAUGUGUUCAUACGCGACGUUUUUCAACUAGGACCAAAGCUCGAUGAACCGGAGCGCCUUAGGAAAACGGUGAAAACCGAACAGAAAUUCAUAAAUGCAGCAGCAUUCAAGGCGCGGACUAUAUCACGUGGAAAAAACCGAGAUAAGCGAUCAUAUAUGUUGAAUUGAAAUUGAAAAGCGGAACGAAUUCGAACACCUGGGUCAAUAAGGUCCUAGCAAUCGCAAAUAUCAAGCUAUAAAUCAACGUUAUCAAUCAGUUUUAUUCAACCUGUUGAAGGCACCGGUUGCUGUAACGAAUAAAUGUAGACUACAUUUAUUCGUUACAGCGAACGGUGCUUUUGACAGGUUGCAAUCAUAUAAUAGGGCUAGAUGGAACAGAAUCCUUUUGCUGAUGCAUUCAACCAUUCAACCAUUUUGGAUGCCUUUUAGAUUACAUUUAAAAACAUGGACCCAAUCAAUUUUCAAUCAAAGCCGGACUUGUAAUGAAUGUUAGUACCUUAGCUAAUUCAUACUAGUUCAUUCGCAGCAUGUAGAACAUAUUUACAAGUUAUAUAUGUAUAUGUACCGUUGUAACAUAUUUUGCUAAUCCCUCGUUGUUACCGUUGCAUAUAGUUCAAUUUCCUUCACUCCCUUGCAAUGUGAAAGCCCAUAUUCUGAUCCCAGAGACGGGUACGCCUUGUAAAUGAGAAUUGCACAUUUUUUUCUUACCCAACUUUCCUUCGGCAUCGAGAUAUUUAGUUCUUUGCAGUAUCUUAAUGACCCAAGUGUUAGGUAAUGUCAUGGUUUCCAUGGCCAUUUUAAAUAAAUUGUAAAAAGCAAAUAAUACAAAUGUAACUAUAUAGAAGGAGAAAAAAACGGAUUGAUUACUGCCUCAAACUAAUUCAGUGGCUGCUACAAGCCGACGCUAAAUCAGCUAGCAAAUCGAGCGAGAGUAAAUGCGAGGAAACGUACUUUGAUUUUGAGAUGGUAAACUUGUGUGUAAGUGUGUGUGUGUUUGUGCUUCACUUGUUCUAUUUCAAAGUGCUCUCCGCAUGUUCCUAAAACAUCAAAAGAAACUCAAAUUAUAGAAAACCUAUUCCUCCACUGAUCCCAGCAGCUUGUGAAUAUUUGAAACGCCUCUCAGGUGCCCAGAAUUGUUGAAAGCGGGUAGCUUGGUUAAUUUAUAUCAUUUUUAAUAAGCGACCUAUUUUAUGCCUUGUACUCUUGUUUUAUCUUGUUUGUUUGUCAUGCAGUACUGAUUAGCACAGGAAACAGUACCAUUGCAUCUAUCGGUGGCUUAUUGUAUGUUAUAUGUUAUACAUCUUCUACUUUGGCUGAAUAAACAAUUUACGAAAAACCUCAACCGUA